AUGGCCGGAGGAGUUUAUCGCUUCAAGGAGGUCAACAAUGUGCGAGAUCAUUUCAGUGCCUCGGACUCACCCUCACGAUAUGAAUUUGCUGUGGCAAGGGAGUUUUUUCAAGAGCUCGGCAGCCCUUUUCAUGUCGUCGUUGCACUGAAGGCUGCUGAUGAAGGGAACAUCCUCCGGCCGAAAUAUAUCGACAAGGCCCUCGAAAUCGAGGACUUUUUGCAGUAUAAACUGAAGGUUGAACAUGAGGGUCGAAUGUAUGCUUAUUCAGACUUUUGUGGUACACAAUGCGAAACUAGCGAUGCUGUGAGUAUUUUCCUGACAAUGUUUCGAGACCAGCAACAGAAGAAGACCAAUCAUGUGAAGCUGACCUACCCAUCUAUGGAUGUCUUUGGUCAUCGCGUCUACCUGGCCAACAACAUCUUUCUCGUCAAGACAAAUAACCUGUCACAAAUCGUUGAAGAAUCUGGUUUAGUGGCAAUUAACUUUCAUGCAAUUUACAAUAACGAGAGUUCGGUAGCAAUUAUGCGUAAAUGGGAGAAAGCUGUUUUCGAAUAUUCGCAGUCUACAAUCAAUGAUCCGUUGAUUCGAGUCUUUUGCACCAGUGAGGGUCUUGUUUCGGAAGAAGUGAGAAGAACAGGAAUACUGGCUAUGCCAUUGAUGGGAGUAACUUUUCUAAUCUUGAUGGUCUUCACAAUCACGACAACACUAAGGAAAGACCCAGUUAAGAGCAAUCCGCUGGAGGCAUUUCUUGGAGUCAUCUGCCCUAUCCUUUCUCUGGUCGCUUCGUUUGGAAACCUGUUUUGGCUCGGCUUCGAGUUCCUGCCAAUCGUAACUGUAGUGCCAUUUCUUGUACUUGCGAUUGGAGUGGAUGAUGUCUUCAUAUUCAUUCACGCCUUCCACUUAACAAAUGAUAGACAUUCGGUUCGGGAACGCAUUGCUGAGACCCUCGCCGACGCAGGCCCCUCCAUCUCAAUCACGUCACUGACGAAUUUGCUUUCAUUUGGCAUUGGAGUUUUCACCAAUACACCUGCGAUUUAUACUUUCUGCGUAUUCAUUUCCGUCGCUGUUAUCUACGACUACCUCUACCAAAUUUUCUUCUUCUCUGCGGUACUGACACUCGGUGGACAACGAGAAGCUAGACGAGGCAAUGCCUAUCUAUGCUGUUUGACAGUGCCGCCCCAAUCAAAGACUGUAAAAGAAGAGAAGCCUCACUGGAUGCUACGUGCAGUGUCAAAACUGCUCGAUUUUGUUCUAGAUUCUUGGGUGGAUUUCAGUAUGUCAGUUUGGAGCAAAGUGAUUGUGGGAGGUGCGAUGGUGGUAUACUGGGCAGUGAUGAUUCACGGCGUGCUACAAAUCAAAGUGGGACUCUCUUCGGAAAAACUCUUUCUUGACGACUCGCCUCUUCUCGAACUCGUUCGAAUCCAGACAAACAUCAUCUUUAAAGAAGGCGGACAGGUCGCGGUAUUCGUAAAUAAGCCCAGCGACAUGCACCUGCCUGAAACGGUCCCGGAGAUCAUGAAAAUACUGCGACGGUUUGAAACCACUAACAACAGCGUCGGAGCGGCAAGCACUCACAUGUGGUUGCUACCAUAUCUUCCUUAUGUUGGAGAAAAAGAACACGGCUCUAUCGACUUCAAGUAUAGGUACUUGCCGGAGUUUUUUAAGCUACAAGAAUACAGAAGAUGGAGUCAUUUUGUCAAUCUUGGAGACCAUGCUGAUUGCCUGGCUGAAAGACCAUCCUGUUUGCAAAAAUUUGUGUUCUCAACGGGAUUCCACAACGCUGUGACGUGGACCGAAAGAUUGAAUCUGUUGGAGCAGUGGAGAAACAUCGCGAAAGAGUAUAGUCACUUGAAUCUCACUGUCUACGAAGAUUUUUCAAUGUAUUCCGACCAGCUCCUAUCCAUAGUGCCUGUUACGCAGCAGACAGUAUUCUUCGCUCUAGUCUGUAUGCUCAUUGUUUUGACGCUUUUCACCCCAUCUCCAGUCACCAUUGUCACUUCUUCAUGUUCCGUAUUGUCAAUCAACCUCGGUGUAUUUGGCUGCCUUGUAUAUCUGGAUAUUGAUCUUGAUCCCAUAUCGAUGACGACAUUGCUUAUGGCUAUUGGAUUCUCAGUCGAUUUUGUUGCUCACAUUACCUGGCACUACUACAAAGGCGAUUUCCCGAACAAGCGAGAACGCAUUCGUCACGCUUUGGCUUCCAUUGCCUGGCCAAUGUUCCAGUCAGGCACUUCUACUAUGAUCUCUAUUGUUGUGCUCACUGCAGUUCAUGCAUAUAUGGUGAAAGUUUUUGUCAAGGUUGUCGUGCUCGUCGUCUUCUUAGGGAUGUGCCACGGUCUCAUCGUUUUGCCAGUAGUCUUCGCUGCUCUUCCUUUUAACAAAGCGACGGUGCCGAAAGAAAAAGCACACCCAAUGUCCACAGUCGUGCCUAAGCAUGCGGUUACGCGACAAGCUGGCCAAGCCUAA